AUGGAGACGUGUGUGCUUAUUCCACCAGAGCUCAGUCUUGUCCUCAGCACUAUUAACUCUGAUAAAAAUGCUAACCGCUUGUACGAAAUGGGGGUACGUGUUUGGAGUAAUCAAAGUAUUCUCCCAGGGAAAACAUUUUCUCCAUUUCAAGGAACGAUUCUGCUUGACAGGCUAGAAGUCUACAGUUGUCUUGAAGACAACGAUAUACGUCAUCGAUACGGUUGUUAUGAUGAUAUUCAAGAAGUAGAUGGCCGAAAAGUUCGUCACUGUAACUGGAUUCGUUUUCUGCAAGUAUCUUCAACAAUUACGAAAGAUGUUAACCUAAUAGGAAGGACAUCAGGAAGUCGAGUUAUCUACGAAUGUAUCAAAUUAAUUCCUUCCAACAAAGAACUGAUAGUUUACUAUGAACCUCAUAUAGUAGAUAACUCAUCACCUUUGGCAUCUACUCCCAACGUUAAUCACUCAAAAACCAGUCAAUGUCAACAAGCAAUUGAAGCCAGAGAAAAGGUAUUAUUGCCUUGUGAAUAUUGUGGAAAAAUGUUUGACAGACCUUCUCUUCUUAGGCGUCACGUCCGAACACAUACAGGAGAAAAACCACAUAUAUGCGACGUUUGUGGGAAAGGAUUUAGUACAUCAAGUUCUUUGAACACACAUCGACGAAUUCACUCUGGAGAAAGGCCACAUCAAUGUUUAGUAUGCGGAAAAAGAUUCACAGCCAGUUCCAACCUUUACUAUCAUCGGAUGACACACAGUAAGGAAAAACCACAUAAAUGCACAGAGUGUGACAAGUCCUUCCCUACACCAGGGGACUUAAAGAGUCAUAUGUAUAUUCAUAAUGGUUCUUGGCCUUUCAAAUGUAAUGUAUGCGGUCGAGGGUUCAGCAAGCAGACAAAUAUGAAGAACCACUUAAACCUACAUAGAGUGACCAAUAUUGAAACUGGGGUUGUUCAGCUGACAUUUUCUCACUUCAUGCUGUGA